CAGGGAGCCGGCCUCGGCGCCGGGCUCCGGCAAGUCCCUCCUCCGCCUGGGCAGCGCGGGCCGCCUCCCUUCCCCGGCCGCAGGCUCGUCCGGCCGCAGCGGCGGCGCCCGCCGGCCCCGCGGCGCCCAUGGCGGCGGAGCCCCGGCCCAAGGCGCUGACUCGCAAGCCCCUGCUGCUCAACAAAGUGGAGGGCUCGCAGGAGGUGGUGAACAUGGCAGCGAUAGUGCCCAAAGAGGACGGGGUCAUCAGCGUCUCCGAGGACAGAACAGUUCGUGUCUGGCUGAAGAGAGACAGUGGGCAGUACUGGCCCAGCAUAUACCAUGCAAUGCCAUCUCCAUGUUCAUGCAUGUCUUUUAACCCGGAAACCAGAAGGCUGUCCAUAGGUCUAGACAAUGGUACAAUCUCAGAAUUCAUUUUAUCUGAAGACUACAACAAGAUGACGCUAGUGAAAAAUUACCAGGCUCAUCAGAGCAGAGUUAUGAUGAUUCUUUUUGUCCUGGAGAUGGAAUGGGUGUUGAGCACUGGACAAGACAAACACUUCACGUGGCACUGCUCGGAGAGCGGCCAGCGGCUGGGAGGGUACCGCACCAGCGCAGGCGCCUGCGGCCUGCAAUUUGAUGUGGAAACCAGGCACGUGUUUGUUGGUGAUCACUCUGGCCAAGUGACCAUACUCAAACUAGAGCAAGAGUCCUGCAGCCUGGUUACAACAUUUAAGGGGCACACGGGUGGUGUCACUGCUCUCUGUUGGGACCCAAUACAGCGAGUUUUAUUCUCAGGCAGUUCUGAUCAUUCCAUUAUCAUGUGGGAUAUUGGAGGAAGAAAAGGAACCGCUAUUGAGCUGCAAGGACAUAAUGAUAAAGUUCAGUCUCUCUCCUAUGCUCAUCACACUCGGCAGCUCAUCUCCUGUGGUGCAGAUGGGGGAAUUGUUGUCUGGAACAUGGAUGUUGAGAGGCAAGAGACCCCCGAGUGGCUGGAUAGUGACUCCUGUCAAAAAUGUAACCAGCCUUUCUUCUGGAACUUCAAGCAAAUGUGGGACAGUAAGAAAAUAGGCCUCAGGCAGCACCACUGCCGGAAGUGUGGGAAAGCCGUGUGCGGCAAAUGCAGCUCCAAGCGCUCCUCCAUCCCGCUGAUGGGCUUCGAGUUCGAAGUCAGGGUCUGCGACAGCUGCCACGAGUCUAUAACGGAUGAGGAGCGGGCACCCACAGCUACUUUCCAUGACAGUAAGCACAACAUUGUUCACGUACACUUUGAUGCCACCAGGGGAUGGCUGUUGACCUCGGGAACAGACAAGGUUAUCAAGCUGUGGGAUAUGACACCAGUAGUGUCUUGAUGGUACAUCAGUGGAACCUGGAAGGUGAUAUUUACAGAAGAAGCAGAUUUCCUAACCCUAAUCAUACUGCAGAAGAUAGGUAAUGCUGGCCACAUGUGGCAGAUGGGAAAGGAACUAAUGGGUUUACAAUGAUUUUUACAUCCUCUGCUUGAUGAAGGCUGAGCAUUUGCACGAAGACUCUUUCCACUUACUCUCAAAAUACACAAGAAGGUAUUUUUUUAACUAAUGGUUUGUACGAUCUGACUUCAGUUGUCUUGAGUUUGUUUGGAAAAUCUGUAUGCAGUGCAAUUUUCAGGGUUUUUUUUUAUUUCACUAUGUCAAGAUUGUUGCUGCUUUGUACAGAGGGUUCUUGGGUUGUGUCUUGCCACAGGAGCUGUUGGUAUCAACACACUGCAGAAGGCAAUCAGCCCUGAGCUGAUGGACUAUUGCAAUUCCUAAAAGGGCUCUACCAUCUACUUGUCCUAGUGGACAUCAUUCAGAGGACAUUUUAUUGGUUUGUAGUAGCUAAAAUCCUUCUUCCUGCCUCUAUCCUUCUGCACAAGUUGCAAAACCAGGGGGCCAGGUUGCUUAGCAACAGAUUUCUACAAAAACUGAAAUAGUUUUCCACCUCAGAGCAUUAAAAGGAGCACAUAGACUUGUUUGAGUUUGAUGAGGAUGGCAGGCUAAUUAAAAUUAAAUUAUUGGCAACAGAAGCUUCUGGGAGUGUGUGCAUUGUGUGUGGGGGUGUAGAUCUAAAACUGGUCUAGGUCUGAAAAGUCUGGUUUACCUCUACCUCUACCUUGAGCAGCAACAUUUCAGCAUUUAUACCUGUCUGUGUUGUUGAACAUGAAUCUGGUUUUCCUGUUUUUCAUAUUGUUAGUCAUAUUUAUUUUUUAAAAUGCCAAUGUUUUUUAUUGAUUUCCUCUGCAGACCAGAAACUGUUAUUGCUGAAUGAUGCCCAUUGUCCUGUUGUCCAAUUUUACAGUUUCUUUUAAGAAUAAAAAGUAUUUAAAAAUCUGGAAUGACCAAAAUUACCUUUUUAGAAGGACUUUAAGAUGAAUAAACAAAAAAGCCCUUUUUGCCAAAGGGAUCUUAUCUGAA